UCUCACUCUUACACAAACACUACAACAACAACAACAAAAAACAGAGCACUCUGUUUUCCUCUGUUUUCUCUCUAUUCUUUCUUUGUCUGCAGAGUAACUUUUUUCUCUCUUAAAUGACGAAAGAAGUCGAAGCGGUUCACGAGCAGGCACCGGAGUAUUCUGCUAAGGAUUACACUGAUCCACCUCCUGCUCCGUUAAUCGAUUACGUGGAGAUAAAACAAUGGUCACUUUAUAGAGCUGUUAUUGCUGAGUUUAUUGCUACUUUGUUGUUUUUGUAUAUAACUGUGUUAACUGUUAUUGGUUAUAACCAUCAAGCUGAUGUUAAAGCUGGUGGUGAUGUUUGUGGUGGUGUUGGUAAACUUGGUAUUGCUUGGGCUUUUGGUGGCAUGAUUUUUAUUCUUGUUUACUGCACUGCUGGUAUUUCUGGUGGACACAUCAACCCUGCAGUGACAUUUGGGCUAUUUUUGGCAAGGAAGGUAUCAUUGAUCAGGGCAGUAUUGUACAUGGUAGCCCAAUGUUUGGGUGCAAUUUGUGGUGUGGGAUUUGUUAAGGCUUUCCAGAGUGCAUACUACAACAGAUAUGGUGGUGGUGUUAAUGUUAUGGCAGCAGGUCACACCAAGGGUGUUGGUUUGGCUGCUGAGAUUAUUGGUACCUUUGUUUUGGUCUAUGUUGUCUUUUCUGCUACUGACCCUAAGAGGAGCGCCAGAGACUCUCAUGUGCCCGUCUUGGCACCACUUCCAAUUGGAUUCGCCGUGUUCAUGGUUCACCUUGCAACUAUUCCGAUCACCGGAACUGGUAUCAACCCGGCUAGGAGUUUCGGGGCAGCAGUAAUUUACAACGGUGACAAGGCAUGGGAUGAACAUUGGAUCUUUUGGGUCGGGCCAUUCGUCGGAGCUUUCAUCGCUGCCGUCUACCACCAGUAUAUUCUCAGAGCAGGUGCUAUUAAAGCUCUUGGUUCCUUCAGAAGCAAUGCAUAGGAACUUUCAUGCAUGCAAAAAUUGUAAUUAAAAUGUUUGUGAGUGGGAAAAAAGGGGUGUUUUUCUUUUUUGGUAUCUUUGCUUUGGAUGUACUUAAAUUAAAUGUGUUUGGUUUUUCCAUUUU